GCACCACAUCCUAAAUCCUCUCUCUCUCUCUCUCUCUCGCUGGUGCAUUCAUCAAUGGCGGACGAAGUGGAGAUGUUCUUCUUUCCCUUCAUGGGAGGAGGCCACCAGAUCCCCAUGAUCGACAUCGCCCGCCUCUUCGCCUCCCACGGCGUCAAGUCCACCAUUGUCGUCGCCCCUAACAACGCCCUCUCCUUCCAACGCUCCAUCGCUCGAGACCAGGACUCCGGUCGACCAAUCUCCAUCCACCCCCUCGACUUGCCCCCAGGCUCAAAGCCGCCUAACUCCGACAUGUCGGCCACCCCCUUCACCGACACCUCCAUGCUCCAGGAACCCCUCAGGCUCUUGCUCAUUGCAAGGCAACCCGAUUGCAUCGUCGUCGACAUGUUCCACCGGUGGUCAGCCGAUGUCAUUGACGCGGUAGGAGUUCCCAGGAUCGUGUUCAAUGGGAACGGCUGCUUCUCUCGCUAUGCUCAACAAUUGAUGCGGAUUUACGAGCCUCACGAGAAGGUGCAAUCCGAAUACGAACCAUUUGAGAUCCCAGGCCUGCCGGAUAGGAUCGUGAUGACGAGGUCGCAGCUUCCGCAUUUUCACAAGAGUCAAGGCGGCGGGAAGCCGCGGGGUCGGAUGUGGAAUUCGGAGGACAGGAGUCUCGGGGUUGUAAUGAAUAGCUUUAUUGAUCUGGAACCGGCCUAUGUGGAAGGUUUCAAGAAAGAGAUGGCCAAGAAAGCUUGGGUGGUCGGACCAGUGUCGCUGUGCAAUAGGAAUGUGGAGGAUAAGGCCGAGAGAGGGCAGCAAGCUGCCAUUGACGAGCAGAGUUGCCUGAGUUGGCUCAAUGCUAAAGAAACCAACUCUGUCCUUUAUGUUAGUUUUGGGAGUUUGGCCAGGUUGACCCCGAAGCAACUUCUUGAGAUUGCAUACGGUCUUGAGGCUUCGGGCUGUUCGUUCAUUUGGGCAGUCGGGAAAAUCUUCAAGCCGUCCGAAAAUGGAGAGGGAAGCCGAGAGGAUUGGCUUCCGAGUGGCUUUGAAGAGAGGUUGAAGGAGUCCGGGAAAGGGUUGAUUAUCAAAGGAUGGGCGCCGCAGCUAUUGAUUCUCGAACACCCUUCGGUGGGUGGGUACAUGACACACUGCGGGUGGAAUUCGACCCUGGAGGGCGUGAGCGCUGGCGUUCCGAUGGUCACUUUCCCACACUCGGCCGAGCAGUUUUUCAAUGAGAAGUUGAUCACUGAUGUGUUGAGGAUUGGGGUCCAGGUUGGGAGCAUGGAAUGGACAUCCUGGAACGCAGAGCCCGGCCCGCCAGUUGGUAGGGAGAAAGUGGAGGCUGCUGUGAGGAAAGUGAUGGACGGAGGAGAGGAGGCAGCGGAGAUGAGGAGAAAAGCCAAGGAUCUUGGAGAGAAGGCCAAGAGAGCGGUCGAACAAGGUGGUUCGUCGUAUGAAGAUGCCGAGGCCUUGAUUCAAGAGCUCAAGUCUCGCAAGAAGGUCUAACUUUGAAGUGAUCUAGUCGGUAAUAUAUCAUCUCGGUGGACAACAUGACCUCAGCGUUCCGUGAACGGCAAGGGAAUUUCAAACUUGUAAAAAAUAGACGCAGUAGCUCUGCCUGUGACCUUUCGCACUUGUAAGUUUUAAUGACUAGCAGUAUUGAAAUUAUGUAGUUUCAGAUCUGUAGUUACUAGCUCCAAAGGAAGGAGAAGAACAUUGCUCAGGAUGUCUAAAAGACUUUCGGGUCUAUCAGGGUCGGGCAACAUGAAAAAUUUUGGGAAUUUUUACAUUUCAACCCAAACCACCCAACCCUAACCAGAGCCUAAUGAAUAUGCUUCAGAUCCGGGAAAAGAAAGAAGCUUUUCAAAACCACCUCCAAAUCAUCGUCUACUCUCACGAGAGCUGCAACAGUGGCGAGCUAAGACGGACUUCAUUGCCUCGAUGACGUCGUUGCUAUAGUGAGUGAGGGGAGUAGAGAUCGCCACAGCUGUUGCCGCCAUGUGAAGGCUUGAGAGAGCUUCAUUGCCUGUCAAGCUGGAAAUCAUCAACUCUAAAGUCAUCGGCUUUCUCUGCGGUUCCAUUGCCAGUCCUCGCUGACAGUUCCUUUCAUUCCUUCAACUUUGCCCUUGUCCCCUCCUGCCAAAUGGAUUGCUUUGUUUCUGUAAUUUUGUGAACGUGUUCAUCGUUGCCUUCGAAAUCUUGGGUUGAACUGAACUGAACCGAACCUUCAUCAAACCUUUUAACACCCUUGGCUUUUUUGUAUUCAAUGGCUGCAGGAGACAGAUUGUAUUAUCUCCCCAUUUAUCAUUAUUAAAUCAAGCCCCUGAAAUUGCAUCUUUAA